UAAAAAGGACAACCUCUGCAGCAGUUUCCGGUCUUUUUGUUUGUUUGCUUUUUCACUUUUAUCGACAUAUUACAAUUAUUCUAUGUUUCUUAUUUUCAAUCAACAAAACCAAAAGCAAAACAGAAAAAAAUAAAAAUUUAAAGAAACCAACUUUUACUCUGUUCAUUAAGUAUUUCUUUUGACUCCAUUCUACUUGUUCUUAUUCCAGCUAGAAAUAUGAAACAAUGUUCUUACACUUUGUGUUAAGUGUGUUUCCUAUGUGUAUAUGAAGAAACCACUUAUCAUGUUUGUUAAUCCAAUGGUUUUAAGGUGACCCUCAUUGGCAUUUUUCUCCCUUUUUUUACCUCAGAGGAGUAGUAAAAAUUCAAUCUUUAUCAAAUAUAACUGUGUUAUUUUGGACAUGGCUCAACAGGAAGAAGGGUGGCCAUUGGGAUUGCAACCACUGAAUAUGAGAAUAGGUUUGGGUAGGAGCAGAGAUUUUUCUGCUGGUUCAACUUCAUUCAACACUUCACUCAGUGAGUCUCUUACUUCCACCACAGAUUCUUCAUCAGAUUUGGACACUGAGUCCACAGGAUCUUUUUUCCAUGAUAGGAGCACCACACUUGGAAGUCUAAUUGGUGUCUCCAGUAUAGUUAAUAAUCUCUCAAGAAGAUCAACAAGGUCAAGAACAAAUGGUGUAAUCACAAAUGUCCAAAAAAACUACAGGUCAAAAACAACAUGGUGUUUCUCUUUAUGUCCAAGAAACAGCACAGAUGCUGAGAGUGUAAUGAUGAUAAGGAACAAUGACAGUAGUAAUGUUCCAUCACUUGGUCAUUUUCUUGCAGUAGAAAGAAGAGCUAAUGCUAAUGGACAUAGAAGAAGUCAUAACCAUAGUCCUUUGAUCUAUGGACCUGAUGAAUUUGCUAUGGCAUUGCCUAAUAGAGAUCAGAAUUCAUUGUUUGCUAAUGGACAAAUUGCUCCACCUCAGUUGAGUCCAUGGUCUGGUUCUGAUGUUGAAAAUAGACAGAGGGCUAACAGAGAAUUAGAGCAUGACGUGCAUGGCCAAGGUGGUCCACUUUUGUUUCCAUGCAUGUGUGGAUGAUAUCUUAGGUUCGUGUCGUAAUACAACUCUGUGUAUCCCCUGAUUCUUGUUUCUAAUUUGUUUCCAUUUAUUCAAGGGCUAAAGCACGCAUUUCUAAAGUGCAGGAUGAUAUGAACUUUUUUGUGAUUUACUUGAUCGUCGAAAAGAGUUAGUAGCACUUCUGAUUGAUCUCGAGAGACUUCUCUUGAUCACUCCUUGUUUUCUUCAAUUCGGGGACAAUGUUGCAUAUCCAGAUUAGUCAGAUACAAUGUGCUUCAAAUAUCGAAUGAUUAAAAAAAACAAUGCUUGGCUUAUUGAUCAAA